AUGCCGCCCAAAGCAAAGAAGCCGCGGUCGCAACCAAAUCCGGCAACAAACUCACACCUCAAAGAAGCGGCAACACGUCUGCCUCUAGGGUCUGCUACAGCAACGACGCCCUCGGAUGCUCCUUCGCUGCAGUACGGGCAGAGUCAGCAGCACCAAAGCAAGCCCGACGUUGAUUCCAAAGCAGGCGAUACUACCGAAUCUGCCGAUGACCGCCCCAAUGCCCCAGCUGUCAACCGCAAAAAGCAAAAGAGGCGGGACAAGGAAGCUGCCAAACGUGCCGCCUCACAACAGCUACCAAAUGGCCACACACCUGCGGGACGAGGUCCUCCUAAAGGCUACUUCACUGAGGACGCCGACAUCACGGGUCCUCCAAGACCGCCACCUCACGAUCUUGACUCCAUUGACGCUAGCGACGACUUCUUUAGUGGUGACGACGAGGACGAUGCGGACUAUGGAUCUCACAUUGCGACUCAAACGAACAGUUCGUGGCUCAAUACCAGCAAGCGGAAAAAAGCAAAAGGCAGGAAGACGAGUGCGAACAAUUCAAACCAGAUAUCCAGAACCUCAACAGCCGUGACCCGACCGCACGUCUCAACCGUCUCGAAUGCCGCUCUGCGCUCCGCCCAUCGCAUGAGCACCGAUUUGUGGAAUCCCACCACUCAGAACGAGCGCGAUCAGAUCAAAGAAUAUUGGCUGCAGCUGGGCGAGGAUGAGCGUCGAAAUCUGGUCAGAAUCGAGAAGGAGGCUGUACUGAAGAAAAUGAAGGAACAGCAGAAGCAUUCAUGCAGCUGCUCUGUUUGUGGACGCAAGCGGACCGCCAUUGAAGAGGAGCUCGAAGUUCUCUACGAUGCCUACUAUGAGGAGCUCGAGCAGUUCGCGAAUCCUGUGCCUGGUGAAACCCUGCCGCCUCCCAAUUCAUAUCCUACACGACCUCGGCAUCAAAUUCCCGGCGCCUACUCGUCUUCUGGACGCGUGCAAGAACUGGAUGAUGACGAAGAAGAAGAGCUGAAUUCAGAGGAAGACUUUGACUCGGAGUUCGACCCUGAUGAUGAUCUCGACUAUGCUGCGCUCCCUCCAGGUCCUCGAGACUUCUUCAACUUUGGCAACUCAUUGCAGGUCAAAGAUGGCAUUCUAACCGUAGCUGACGACCUUCUCAAAAACGAAGGACGGAACUUCAUUGACAUGAUGGAGUCACUUGCUGAGCGGCGCAUGCAACGUGAGGAAGAAAUCCAUUUUCCCUCGUCUGCUCUCGCUCAUCAGGGUGUUCAUCAAGGUCACAACCAUGCCCCGUUAGAUGACGAGCCCGAAUACUCCGAUGAAGAUCCCGAUGACGAUUACAAUAGUCAGGAGGAUGAUGAGUACGAUGAAGAUGACCCGGAGGAGAUGGAGGACUCUAUGACGGAGGAGCAACGUAUGGAAGAGGGUCGCAGGAUGUUUCAGAUUUUCGCCGCUAGAAUGUUUGAGCAACGAGUACUUACCGCUUGGAAAGAAAAGGUGUCAGCCGAGCGCACACAGGCUCUGAUCAACGAGCUCGACAACGACAAGGAACUUGAGGCCCAGAGAGAAGCAAAGAAAGCACGUGAUGCCGCGAAGAAAAAGGAGAAGAAGAAAGCGCAAAAGGCUGCCAAGGACGAGGAGAAAGCUGCCAAGCGAGCCGCAGAAGAUGCUGCGAAGGAAGCAGAAGAGAAGGCCGAACAGAAGCGGCUCGAGGAACAGCGACAGCGCAAAGAGGAGCAGCGUAAGAAACGUGAAGCUGAUCGAAAGGCCGCCGAGGAGCUUCGCCUGAAGCAGGAAGCUGAGAAGCUUCGUCGAGCGCAAGAACAAAAGGAUCGACAAGCUGAAGCCGAGCGAAAGGCGAAAGAGGCCAAGGAGCGCGAACGGACGAAGAAGGAAGAAGCCAAGCGGAAGGAGCGAGAAGAGCGCGAGGCUAAGGAGAAGGAAGCUCGCGAACGAAAGGCCAAGGAAGCCCAGGAACGAAAGACCAGAGAAGAUGCAGCUCGACGGGAGAAGGAGACUGCUGCGAGGGAGGCACGCGAAAAGGCAGGACCUCCGUCGAGCGUGAAGCCUCAACCGGUUGCUCUGCCACCAGGUCUCACGCCGCCAACCCGACCUGGACCGAUGCUUCAGUCACCGAGCGUUCAAGCCGCCAUUCCUGUGCCACCAGCAAAGAUCCCUACCCCGGCUCGAGUCCGUCAAACAUCGCAGCCCAGCCAAGCAGUCCCUUCUCACGGAUCGUCGCCAAAAUCUCAGCAAGGUAGCAGUACCGAACACUCAGCCUCGCCUGCAGGCACACUGCCGCAGACACCUGCGCAAGGCCAAGCCGUACGAAACCAUGGCCAGCCUCCGGUGCUGCACCAUCCUCAGCCUUCUGCGCCGCGAUCUCCUCUGAACAAUCCCAAUCGCAACAAUCACGCCUUCAACAUGAAUGGCCUGCCUGGACUCGGAGUAAGUGGCCCGCCAAAUGCGCCAGGAAUGAUGCCAGGUAUGAUGCCUCUGGGACCUGCUUACGGAGGACCACAAGGGUUGCCAGUGGGGAGUCUUCCUCGGUAUGGUCCGAACGGUAUGCCAUUCGCACAGAACUAUGGCGGACCGCGACACUUCCAACCACCACAGCCAAUGCACUACAACCCUCAGCAAGCGCCGCCCACAACAAUGCCCAGCCAGCAGCCCGUUGCUGCCAAACCGACCCAUUCCCGCCAGACAUCUGGUUCCGGCAUGACUGAAGCGUCGUCACAUCCUGCUCCCAUCGGGAGACCUGGCCCAAUUGCUCGGCCUUCGAGUACCACGCCAGACAAACAAUUCCGCAAGACCUCGGCCGAGAACGACGUUGAACAAAUCACCGCACAGCUGGGCAGCAAGGCUUUGCUUGACGACUCAGAUGAAGCACUCCCUAUUCUGCACGACAACAGAGGCGGCGCGCCUUUGAAGCAAGCUCCCGGCAACGGACGAGUGCCGUUCGGGUCGCCAUUUCCAGAACCCAGAGCAGAGGGGUUCGGUCAUGGCUUCGGCGGCUUCGGCGCAGCAAGUCCUUGGGGUCAGUCACUUUCUCAAGCAGCACCGCGACCUACCAACACAUGGUCUCAGCAGCCCUUUGGCGGCCCGUUGAUGCCGGGCGCACAACUCUCGCACCGCUCGCACAUGCCACGACCCGUAGCUGUGCGAUUGAUGCUUGUGGAAGCUUGUCGCCAUCUAUCGAUGAUGGGCGAAUCACUCCAUCCUGUCCAACAAGUGCUUCAACAAGUGGAGAUACGAAGAGCACCCGGAGAGCCAUCGGUGUCCAUGGACGAGAUGCUGGAAAUUUGCGACACAGAGGGCAAUGGUCAGAACGGGGGCGGAUCGUUCGAAGUGAUGGUAGACCAACACCGAGGACAGGUCAUCAAGUUCACCGAAGACAAUGCGCUGCCUCGUAGCAGCGUCGGUGAUAUUGGGAGUCCCAUCCCUGGUCACUCGAACACUGCCCAGCCGUUCCCAAUCGGCCAGCAGUCAUCCUUCGGCCCACCAGGUCGCGGAUUCUAG